AUGUUUCAACCAGCACCACAACCUCCAACUAUUUUGGGACGAUACCGUAUAUUGUCUCCAACAGCAGCUGUUCGAGUGUCUCCAUUAUGUUUAGGUGCUAUGUCUAUUGGUGAUGCAUGGAAUGAAUUCAUGGGUACAAAUUCUAAAGAAAAUUCAUUCAAAAUUCUUGAUGCUUUUUAUGAAGCUGGUGGAAAUUUUAUUGAUACUGCAAGCAAUUAUCAAAAUGAACAAAGUGAAACACUGUUAGGAGAAUGGAUGGUAAAACGAAACAAUCGUAGUCAAAUGGUUAUUGCAACAAAAUUUACAACUGGAUAUCGAUCAGAUUGGAAACAAGAACCGAUUCAUGUUAAUUUUGCAGGAAAUUCAACAAAAUGUUUACAUGAAAGUGUUAAUGCUUCUUUAAAAAAACUUCAAACUGAUUAUAUUGACCUUCUCUAUGUACAUUGGUGGGAUUAUACAUGUUCAAUUGCUGAGCUGAUGCAAUCCUUGGAUCAUUUGGUUAAAUCAGGUAAAGUACUUUAUUUGGGAAUAAGUGAUACACCUGCAUGGGUUGUUGCAAAAGCAAAUCAAUAUGCAAGAGAUCAUGGUUUACGGCAAUUUUCAGUUUAUCAAGGCUUGUACAAUGCUGCUACACGAGAUUGUGAAAGAGACAUUCUUCCAAUGAUUCGAGAUGAGGGAAUGUCUUUUGCACCAUGGGGAGCUUUAGGUGGAGGAAAAUUUAAAACAACAGAACAAAUAGUAGCAAUGGAAAAAGAAGGUGAUAAAGGACGAUCAUUUUCGGGUCUUCUACAAGGUCCAAGCAAAGAUGAUCAAGCAGUAACUGCUGUUUUGGAGAAAAUUGGCAAAUCGAAAAAUGUUUCACUUUCACAAAUUGCUUUAUCUUAUGUAAUGGCAAAACAACCAUAUAUUUUUCCUAUUAUUGGUAUUAGAAAAUUGGAACAUUUACAGGAUUCUAUAAAUGCAUUAAAUGUUCGAUUAACCAAAGAAGAAAUUAAACAAAUUGAAGAUGCAUACAAUUUUCAAGCUGGUUUUCCACAUAAUUUUAUAGGUAUGAAUCCAAGUCAAAGUUGGGGUUUACCUUUAGCAGGUCAUUACGAUUGGGUGGAACAAGAAAAGAGCAUCAAUGCCAAUUGA